CCCCCUAGCACGUCCCCAAUCGUUGCAACAAAAUUUGCCCAUCCGCACAACCAAAUCGGUAGGCGUGGGCAGACAAGAGAAAACAAAAGAACAACCCGAACACGUGCGGCCAACGCUCCAUCUCCCUAACACGUUAACGACGCCUUGUCCUUUUCCUUUCUCUCCACCAGACCAUCCUCAGCGACCGCUCCCGCCCCUCUCCCCCCCCCCCCUCUCGACGAACGCACCGGCCGUCGUCGACCGCAGCAACCCUUUGAGAGACAUCGUCCAAACACAGGCACAAAUUCCACGUAUCGAACCGAUCAAACUGCCCGUCCUGGAUCCGCAACGACAGUUUCGCCGGUCCUAUUUGGCCGGCUCACAGCCCAUCUCAAGUUUCGACGGGGCUUACACCAGUUCGCAUUACCGGGACACUAGCACCAUGGCCUCCGCAGUCCCGCCCAGCUCCGCGCGCAAGACACGCCUCUUUUCCUCCGAGUUUCUUGCCUCGAAAUGGGCAAAGCUCUUCUUCUUCAUUGUCGGCCUGCAAGCCCUGAUCUGUGUGGCGUUCGAGUCAUACGUGUUCGGGAGAUUCCAGUUCAGUCUCGAAUACCAACAUGACUCGGAAAUCGAUGACACCCUCAAGUCGCAAUACCGCACGAUACCGACAUUCUUGACCCUCUUCAUCUUCGGCUUCCUCUACAUCCUGGUGCUCACCUGGGACGCCCUCCGACUCAAGAACACCAUUCAGAUCAUCGGCCUCUGCGUCGCCAACCUGGCCAUCUUCAUCUACGCCAUCCUUCAGAUUGACCAGAUUGACAAGUCCAUCGCCCGCCUGCUGGAAGCUGGUGCUUUGAAGCCGGAUGAGGAGGACAGGAACGUGUGGGCCUUGUGCAAGCCCUUCCUCAUCACCGUCCCGGCCGUGGUCGGCGUUGUCACCAUCAUCAUGGGCGGUCUCGCCUACCAGCUCUACCGCGAGUUUGCCUGGGAUAUCCUGAAGCAGAUCGGCGCCGACUACCGCAUGAAGAAGCGGUUUCUGCACUACCAGAUUUACAUUGCCCUGCUCAAGUUCGAUUUUUUCUUCUUCCUCGGCUUCACUGUUCAAUUCCUCGUCAUCGUCAACGGCCUGAAUAACGUCGAGCUUGGCCUGCACAUUGCCGCCAUCCCGAUCACCAUCGCCAUCCUGCUGUGUGCCGCCUUCUUCACCCAGCGCGAGAACCGCCUCGGCGUUUGCUUUGUCAUCCUGCUCUACUUCGGCGGCCUGGCCUACUUCUUCUUUAAGCUCGUCCGCAUCUACCAGCCGGGUCACAGCCAAGACUACUUCGCCGUCCGCCGCUCGCUGACUGCCUUCGCCGUGCUCACCAUCAUCCUGAUCAUCCUGACCAUCACCAACGGCUUCAUCUGCAUGCAAAACUUCGGCAACGGCCUCAAGGCCCACCUCACGAAGCCCUCGGGCCUUGAUAUGGAGAAGGAAGGGGACGCCGGGUCGUAUCAGCUGAACGACAAGGCACCAACGCUGCCCAGCCGCAUGACCAUCGACUAAAAAGAAGUGGCAAGCAGGCCCCGCGUUCGAUGGGGAAAGCAGGAAUAAGGCGGGAAAGAUGGAUCCCGUCACCAGAUACUAACGAAAGCGGAUCAGCGAAUAAGAAGAAAUACGAACUUUACGACGGCUCCGCAGUCAGGACCGAAAACCAGCGACGGCGAAACAGAGGGUGGGAGGGACUAAAUAUUUCCUUUGUACUUUGCUUAUUUUGUCAACAGCAAGCAGCAGCAGCAGCAGCAGCAGCAGCGAAACGCCGUAGCCACAUCCGGCUGGCAUAGAUAUCCCCAUUGGCUUUUUGCUUUAUCUGUCUACUCUGAUAAUUUGGUCUAGGAUUUCAAGCUUCGAACGGUUUAACUCACACAACCUUUGGCGUUAUUCAUAUCCGGGGGGACACCCCAUUUGCUGUGUUCACUUUCCACGAGGGAGAUUAAGGAGGGCACAGAAAAGACUGGAUCAGCGGAGAAUGGCGUUUCUCAAACUUUCCUUUAAUUUUUUUUCUGUUCUCUUUUCUCUAUUUUCUCUGCUCGAGGAUCGGUUUGUUUUUGGUUGAAAUCUCGAGCUCGGUGGCUUUCAUUCUGAUUUACGAACGAUGUGUGGGAUUCUACCUGCCCGGCACCUCAGGAUAUGGGCCUCUGUUUUGCAGGCUCGCCUGCUCGUCGGCUGGCUGGCCCGGCAGACGGAGGCAAUGGUGGUCGAACUCGAAAGGGGGGUGUUGUUGGGCAGGAAGAAGGGAAGCGGUGGAAGGAUGAGAGGUGGUGAGAUUUGAGAGCUAGCUUUUGGAUGUGUAGUACAUCUUGAAUGCAUUUACAGCUUCUCACACAUUUAUGAUCUACGGAUAAUCAACUGCCGUUUUUGCAAACG